CCCGUCGAUUUGCCAAUAUUCAAAAGUUAAGAUGUAAAACUGUGCCUCGAUACCUAGCGAGUGUUUCCGGUCAAAUAAUGUAAUCGGACGAAAAAGUUCGCUGUGGCGAAUUUUCAUAUAAAAGAUGUUAAUAGCAAUGAAUUUGUAUAUAUUGUCUAAAUUAUUAAUAUAUAUUUUUAUUAUUAAUUUAUCGCUUGAUUAUAAAGGAAGAAUUGCAACAAGUUGCUCGCAAAAAUAUUUAAGAAAUACAAAAAAAAGUUUAAAUUACAAAGACUUUCAAAAACUAAAGUAAAAGAAAUAUGAUUUUGAAAAAUCUCAUUCUAAAGAAUUUUUUAAGAAUUCAAUACAUUUAAAGAAACUAAAUUCUUUUAAACUUUUGUCUUGUUUGAAUGAAGUAGUUAAUAAAACGUUUGAUAAAUUACAUCCAGCGUGCAUAUGUGUAUAUCUUGCCUUAUUUUAAUUCAUUACAUUCGACUGGAUACACUCACUAUAUGUUUUGACGCAGAAUAAUAUAAAUCUCAGCAUAUCAUAAUCGACAAUUGACGAAAACGUUAUUAGGAAGUGUUAAAUGUGUGAUCAUAAGCGUGCUUGUAGCUGUGCGCGUCCAAAUUAAGGACGAAGAAUUCCAUUAACAGCGAAUCUCAUUUAGUAUAUAGACAGAAGCGUAAAGACGUACUUGCAAAACGUGUUUUUUUUUCUUUUUUUUUUUUUUGACGGGUGAUGAAUAGCAUUACAAUAAGUGUUGUGUUUACAGAGUGCUGCCAUUUUAAAAGCAUCGUUCAAACAAAAUAUCAUUCCUACUGUGCGAUUUAAUGUAUGAUUCAGUCAAAUGUUGUAUAAAAGCAAUAAGUGCGUGAUGCCUUGAUAUGAAAAUUGAGUUACAUUGUAUUGCUCUUCCCCGUCUUUGUACCAAUGACCAUCAUUGUACUUCUUUGUUUCUCGUAUUUCCCCUUUAUAUUUCUUUGUUGCUAUAAGUAGGCGAUAUCUCUCGCUUAUUUAUAAGAUAUUUGCCAAAGCAAAAUAAAGAUGAAAUAUUUUUGAUAAUUUAAUACUCAUGUUAAGUUUACACAUGUAACUUGUAAGUUAUUAUAUAAUAAUUUUAAGAUUAAAUUUUAAUAUGCAUAGUAAAUAUGGAUAUUAAUAGGAGUAAAAUCUGAAACUCUGUAGUGUAAUGCUAUGUAAUAUUAUUAUUAUAUUAAAAAAAUACAAAGCUAUUUUAAAUAGAAUAUCCACUAUAGUAUAUUUUUUUACUGCGAGAAAAAAAUCUUCAUAUUCUUAAUCCUCAUUUUAAUUAAUUUUAAUUUUCUAUUGAUGUAGAGUGUGCGAGAUUUUUAAUAAUUAGUAAUAUCUUAAUAAUGAUACAACAAUAUCAAUCUAAAAUAAGUUAUCAUGAAUAUUGUCGCAUAAAUAAAUUAAAGUGGGUACGCUAAUGUUUUCUUUGUACUCUUAAUGACUAAUGUGUAUCGGAACACACGCAAAACGAUAUAAAUUAAGCCACACUUUGUGUUAUAAGUUAAUAAAUUCAAGUUAGCACAAAACAUAUAAGCAUACAUGAUGGACUUUGCAUGGUACAAGUGUCGCCACAGACUUCUAUGUAUAUAUACUAGACUGCUAAGAGUAAUGUGACAGAUGAAGCCAAGGCAGCCAUUUACAAUUGGGCAGAAUAUAACCAGGUUGUCAAUUAAUACUUAUUUUUGAAGGGAAAGCUGCAACAUUUAAUAUAACUUUUAUAUUAAAAAUAUAUACAAAAUUUUUAUAUUAAUACUGCAGAUUCUCUUAAAAAAUAAGUAUCGAUUGACAGCCUGGUUAUAUUCUGCCCAAUUGUAAAUGGCUGCCUGUCACAUCGCUGUUAGCAGUCUAGGUAUAAUAUAGAAGUCUGUCGCAUUCCACGUCCCAAGUCCCAAUGUUACAUAGCUAUGGCGUUUCACUUUUUCGGAGUCCAUCGAUCGAUUCAUGGUCAAUCGACCAUCAGUCUGAUCUUCGGAAGAAUCAGACUUGGUCACUCGAUUUUUUUCUACGCGAUUACGUUUGAACAUCUCUUCGCAAGUGAAUAGAAAAGUUGAUUACGAUAAUUGUUUGAUUGCCUAGUUGCAUCAUAGUUUCGCGCCAUAAUUGAUCAUUAUCGUUUGUUUCGCGUAACGACGACACUACUGCGAUUCUACAAUUUUUAACAACGAUGUCGCUAUCGUAACGUAUCGUUGCGCAUUUAUUUUGACAUGUCAACGAUAACGAUAUUGUUAUUAAAAGUUACAGAAUUGUAAUACAAAGUACAGAGUCGAAUCUCGUUGAUCGAGAUAAAAAAAGUCGAAUUUUUGAUCGGACAUGUAAAUGUUUUUCAAUAAGUCCCCCUUGUUGCCUCGAUUUCCAAUCUACCUGCGAUUAUGAAGCUCUUCCCGCAAGCGGAUACCCAUGUGAACACCGAGGUGCCGGAAAGUACACCGAUAGCAAAAUGCACGUUCUCUCAGAUAUUGGCUGCAUUCGCGGUAUCGGUGGGUUCUAUGCAAAUUGGUUAUUCACUUUCGUAUACAUCACCAGCGCUAGUAUCCAUGCGCGACAAUACCACAACAAGCUUCGAAGUUACCCCACAAAUGGGUAUGUGGAUUGGAUCAAUUAUGCCGCUGAGCGCGCUUGUCGGUGGUAUCGCCGGUGGACCAUUCAUCGAAUCAUACGGAAGGAAAACCACGAUAAUGGGCACGGCGUUCCCGUUCUUCGGAGCGUGGAUCUUAAUUUGGUUGGCUCAGAAUAUCCCGAUGGUGUUAAUUGGACGCUCGUUAUGCGGAUUUGGCGUAGGAAUCGCUUCCUUGGCGUUUCCCGUGUAUUUGGGUGAAACGAUACACGCGGAAGUGCGCGGUGGACUUGGCUUAAUGCCCACUGUCUUCGGUAAUGGCGGAAUAUUACUAUGCUACACGGCGGGCAUGUAUCUGAGUUGGAGAAACCUGGCGUUGUUAGGUGCGAGUUUUCCGAUACCGUUUUUGAUUCUGAUGUUCCUGAUCCCGGAGACGCCAAGAUAUUAUAUCUCGAAGGGAAAAACGGAAAUGGCACAAAAAUCUCUUCAAUGGCUGCGUCAUAAGAAUGCGGACAUAACCGAGGAAUUUAGCAACAUUGUGCAAAUACAUCAAGAAGCCCUCGAGAGGUCUAAUGCGCAGAGCACAGUCUCGUUGCUGAUGAAGAAAUGCCAUUUCAAGCCGCUUCUCAUCUCCCUCGGGCUGAUGUUUUUCCAACAAAUGUCCGGUAUCAAUGCAGUAAUAUUCUACACGGUACAAAUCUUCCAGGACGCUGGUAGCACGAUCGACGAGAACGUUUCGACCAUAAUCAUCGGCCUAGUGAACUUCAUCGCCACGUUCGUCGCCGCGGUCGUGAUCGACAGGCUGGGCAGAAAGGUGCUGCUGUACAUAAGUGCCAUGUCGAUGAUCCUGACUCUCUUCGUCCUCGGUGGAUAUUUCUAUGUUAAAUCACUGGGCGUAAACAUGGAAGCUGCCGGCUGGCUGCCGCUGGUCUGUCUAAUCAUAUACGUGAUAGGCUUCUCGACGGGCUUCGGACCGAUACCUUGGUUGAUGAUGGGCGAGAUCCUGCCCGCCCAGAUCCGUGGUACGGCCGCAAGCAUUGCAACCGGUUUCAACUGGACGUUCACAUUCAUCGUGACGAAGACUUUCCAGGACAUCAUAGACUUGAUCGGCGCGCACGGUGCCUUUUGGCUGUUCGGCGCUUUCGUUGUAGCAGGUCUCAUCUUCGUAAUCCUCAGCGUGCCAGAGACGCGCGGCAAGACACUCGAGGAGAUUGAGAGAAGAUUCACCGGUCCGACUAGGAGAUUGAGCGCGGUCGUUAAUAUGAAACCGAUGCCGAUGACGUCCUAGCUGCCGAAAGUUCGAAAGUCGCAGCACAUCCCGUCGAGAACGAGCAGGCUCGUUCGCGCGAAAAGAAUUUUUUAUGACAUCUUUUAAAGGGAAAGAUUCCCUUAUAAGGACACACGCUUUUCCUUAAAAGAAAGCUUUAGAUUCGAAGGUACGCUUCUACUCUUCUGUGCAAAAAGGAGGCGUAGCUGCUCUCUCCCCCAUGGCUCUUCUUAUCUUGUUCUUAUUUUCGAGAUCUUCGAUUCAUUAUUGCAAGGCUUGUCUACCACGACGAAUUUGUGCAGAAACGAACAAUAUUCGAAGAGAUAAUCGAAAAAAAAAAAAAAUAAGAAGAAAAACGAAA